AUGGCAUGUUAGUAUUGAAUUAUAUAAACCAGACGUUUAUAUAAAAUAAUACACUGGAUGAAUUCAUGUAUUUUAAUAUUUUUGUCAAAGUACGGACAUUAAAGUUCUGGUGAAAGGAGAAACCUGAUCCAUUUUUUACCUCUGAAUCUAAAGAAGUAACCUGCUAUGCUGAACACUUUCCUUUGGUUUUUGAUUAUUUACUUUAAAAAAUUUCAACUUUUGAAAAGGUAUUAUAAUGAUAGCCAACAAAAUAGUCUUCUGUAUUUGCCGCGCGAAUUGCAUGUAACAUUGUCUUUGCAAGGAGAAAGAAUAAAAAGGAUUAUAUUUAUUGGAGAUGUUCAUGGUUGUUAUGAUGAGUUGUGCGAGUUGCUAAAAAAGGUAAAUUAUUAUGAAUCAAAGGACAUCAUAGCUGUAUUUGUUGGAGACAUUUGCAACAAAGGUCCAAAAAGCAUUGAGACGUUGCAACACAUAAGACAAUUGGGUUCUAAGGCUUUUUCUGUGCGAGGGAACCAUGAACAAUCAGUUUUAUGUCGAUUGAAGGAGUUGGAAAACGGUGUUCAACCUACUAAGAAGUAUAUGUGGAUAUCUGAAUUAACGGAGGAAGAUUGCUUGUACUUAAAACAGUUACCUCUUACAAUAACUAUACCAUUGGUAAAUGUAAUUGUUGUUCAUGGUGGUUUGGUACCAGGGACACCAUUGCUAUUACAGAAACCAAAGCUAAUGAUCAGCAUGCGAAAUUUUGUACCUGAAAAGUUAUCUGGCACAAGCAAUAUUGAUGAAGGUGUUCCAUGGGCUGGCCAAUGGACUGGGCCUGAGUUUGUCAUUUUUGGCCAUGAUGCAAGACGAAGACUACAGAAAUAUAGGUAUGCUAUUGGCUUGGACACAGGUUGUCUGUAUGGAUCAAGACUGACGGGAUUAAUAAACACUGAUGAUGGUGUUUCCUCUUUUAAAAAUGGUAAAUUUGUUCAUGUGAAUGCACACCAUGCAUAUGCUUGGGAUCAAAUAUUGUAAACUGGCACUAGCAGAAUAUUUAAAUUGGUGAGUUGUUACAAUAUGUUAUUUCCUCGUCACACUCCUUACCUUGCAUCUCUAUUAUAUCAUUUAUAUGACAUUUAUUCUUUAUCCCAUAAUCUAAAGGAUGUAUGGAACAACAAAAUCAUGCCAUAAGUUAGUUAUUAAUGAAUUGUCAAUGGUAUUUUUCAUCUCAACUUAAAUUUACCUAGUGAAAUUAAUAUAGACAUGCAAGUCCUUGUAUAAUAAUCAAAACCUAAUUAAAUGUAAUUGUUGUUUAUGUUUAAAA